GGAUUCGAUUCAGCCGCAUUUGUGUUUACCGGAGCCCGACGCGAAGCCACCGCUUGAAGCCAGCAAUCGUUGGAGGAGCUGGUGACGCCCGCCAUGUUUAGCUUCCACAAGCCCAAGAUCUAUCGGUCGGCCCUGGGAUGCUGCAUCUGCCGUGCCAAGUCCUCCUCGUCCCGCUUCACCGACUCCAAGAAGUAUGAGCCGGAGUUUGCGCGCUGCUUCCGCAUCGUGGAGGAGGACCGGCGCUCGGGCGAGAUCUGCAAUGCCUGCGUCCUGCUCGUCAAACGCUGGAAGAAGCUGCCGCCCGGAACCACCAGGGACUGGCACCACGUGGUUGACGCUCGCGCGGGCCCCGGCACCAAGUGCGUCAACAAGGGCAAGGUGAAACCCCCCAAGCGGCCGCUCAAGAAACACCGGCGCCGUCACCGGCUGGGGGCCGACAAGCGCUGCAAGAUGGACAUCGGUGGAGGGGCCCUCUCCGACGACGUCACAGUCGGGGAUGACAGCAUGAGCGAAUCUUCGCUGCCGUCUCCGCCGGAGAGCCGGGCCACGAGUCCGACACCCAGCAACUCGUCGGAGGAUGAGGACUCCGUGUGCGGCCUGCUGGAAGAGGAGGAGGAGGAGCGUGGCCGGAGAAGGGGGGCCAAGGGCGGCAAGAAAAAGAAGCCCCGGGACGGCUACCUGUUGGGCAGGAGGGCCAAGUCGGCCCCCUUCCGCAUCUCCUCCUUCCUCGACAUGAGCUUCUGGAGAAAGGAGAAGGUGUGCUGCGGCAUCAUCUUCAAGGGCCCCCACGGGGAGGUGCUCAUCUACCCCAAGCUGCUGCGCCCGUGCCGGUGUCGCCGGCGCCUCGGCUCCGCCCCGUCGGUGGUCCUGGCCGCGCCGCCGGCCCUGCCCGCGGAGGACGCCGCCACCACACCGACCACCCCCGAGGACGACGUGGCGGCGGCAGCGGCGCUCCUCUUCCCGACGCCCGAGAUCUCGGACUGCAACCCAAGCAGCCCCGACGCGUCGCGGGGAUCCGCCUCCCUGAGCGGCGGCAGUGAUUAACGCCGGCCCUCGUUCUAGCUCCGUGCACGCGUUAAUUCUUUUUCGGUUCCUCCUUCUUUCCUUCUCCCGCGUACACCCUAAUUUAUUUGCCCGUAACUUAUUUCCCCCCAACGUCUCGCUCCUCCUUUCCUCCUAGCUCGGCUUCUUUCUUUUUUUUUUUUUAACGUUUGCCGGAUUUGUGCAUUGCACGGCCCGUCGUUCAAUUUGGCAUUAGUUUUCACUGCCGGGCCGAGCUUCAGGGAAGAUUCCAGACCGUGCCGUGUACGGACGACAUGAGGUAUCGUUUACCUGUGGUACCCGAAGCUACCAUAUAGUAUCCUUAGGUACCGCAUGGAGUAUUGUAUAGUGUUGUUUACCACUAGUGAACGACGCUGUGCGGUAUUGUUUGAUUCGGUACCCGAAGCUACUGUAUAGAAUCCUCGGGUACAGAGUGCGGUGCCACGUGGUGUCAUUUACCGUGGAUAAACAAUAUUGUACGGUAAUGAUUAACUGCGGUACCCCGUACGCGACACCUUUUGUAAAUCCAAGGUAACGUGGACCGUCCGCCAGGACGAGGUACUUUCCCGCAUGCCUUCGGCGCGGCACGUGAAGCCGGCGUAGGGAGUUUUGUCGCAGAAAACUCCCCGAAAUUUUUGUUAGUCUUUGUUGUUGUUGACGUUGUUGUUACGCGUUGUCGGAGGUGGUCCCGGCUGGCGCGAGGUCGCCUUCUCUGCCGAAACUUGUUUUUAUACUCCUUGUUAUCAUUUGGGUGGGGGGGAGCCCGCAUUUCGGUCGGUGCGCGUAAAUGAAAUGAAAUAUUGUUUUAACGGAGCCGUCUGUGGAGUUCUGGGUGUGGGAUCUGGGGAAGAGAACCUAGGGAAUUUUUGUAUUUGUGGGGUGAAAGGCAUUUGCAACAUGGACGGGUACAUAGUGUGUUGGGCCGCUUGCGGGCGUUUCGAUCGACACAAGUCAAGGUCGAGUGACGCCCUAGGACCAGCUUCCAAAGGAAGUAUUGUGACACGCAAGGGAACUGCAUUAAACUAACGGGUGGAGCAAGGUUUGAAAGCAUCGGGCCCGCGUUCUUGGCCAGUUUUGUGCGGAGUCACUGGGGGUGGAAGACACGUUUUGUUGCAUCGCGACUCUGGCAAAGCCAUUGAACCCAAUUCCUCGUUGUGUUGGAGGGGGGGGAAGGAGAGGGGUCAGUUUAGAUGGAAAGCAGGUAUGACCGCAUUCAUUUGGCUGAAAAGCCACCACAGCUGUAACAUUCCACGGAAAGGGGUCUUUUUCCGACGACAAAGACUGCCACCGUUGAUCGUAAGAGGGCCCACGAAUCUCCCGCCACGAGACCCGUCAGUAUUAGGGCGCCGACGUCGGCCCCACACAUUUCUACUUCGCCGUUCAGAACCUCAACUUAGCACUCUAUUUCAUUUUCUUCGGACGAUUGUGUCGGACCGGCCUCCGCCAAACGAGGCACUCCGUGGCACGCAUUGAGCCACUCGUAUGCACAAACGAAAUUCCUCGAUAGUCUACGUCGAGCUCAGCUCCGACCAGGAAUUCGCGAGUGACAUCAGAGAGAGCGGAAGAAACGGUGUCGCAACUCGUGGUUCCGGACUUCGCCGAAUUGACAAACUGCUCUGAGCUUUUUGUCGGCGGCGCGAACGGUUGGCGCAUAAUCUCGCUCCAGAGCUUGGACCGUCGCCCUUUCCGCACGACGCGUCCGUACCACGUGUGCGGUGCGGUUAAGGUGCCUGUAAAGCGUCUCCAACCGGCAUUUUGUCGUGUCCUAAAAAGUGGUCCCUCGAUUUUUCCCCAGUGGCUUUGUAGAAAUGUUACGCCUUCGCCGAACAGACCCUUUGCUCACCACGAUUAUGCACAACCCCGUCUGUUGGGACGGCAACUGACGCAAAGACAGGCGUGAGUCUCAUUUUGAGUGCGGUGACCGGUCUUGGACGGGGAGCUAGACAAACCUCUGCGCUGCAAUAGCAAGACUUUUUUUGGGUUGAAACACAGGCGCCAACGGUGCGUCACGUCGAACCGGCAGUCUCUUCAGCGGUGUCUAAGUCCGGACGAGUUUUGAAUUAAUUUCGUUCUGCUCGCGGCUUUGUUCCUGUUUGGAAACGGUUUUUGAGCUGAAAUGCACGUGCAGCCGGGCCGCAUAGGUUUCGUCUCGUUUUGAAGUUCAGACGCCGUUCGCCACAAACAUUUCGGGUACGAGAGUGGUCAGAUCCCGGAAACUUGCUCCGACCCGGAAACGGCAUCCAACCGUCGUUGCAAAAGAAAAAAAAAAGAAGCAACUCCGAUUGUUUUGCGGUGUCCUCUUCCGCGAGACUUUUUCCAUUUUUGUACUUGUCUAGUCACGGCAGCGGUCUCCUAAAAAAAUAGGGGAAGCACGCCGCGGUUUGCGUUGCUCGUUUGACGUUUUUUGGGGCGGGGCUGGGGAUCAAGCCUCAAAAUAAAAGGAAGGAAAGAAAAAAAAAAAAAGGCGAAGAAGACCAACUUAGCUCACAA